AUGAGAUUCGGAAGCGUUUUAGCCAAGAUCGACUCUGAGAAACAGAGGCCGACGAGGGAGAAGAGGCCGCAGCCCCCGACGGUAGUAUGUAGGCACCCCGAGGAGGCCCAAGGCAGCUCCGAGGAGGCCCAAGGAGCCCCCAGGCCCGCAGCCCCGGCCAAGCCGCAGCCCGAGGAGGCCCAGCAGCCCCGAGGAGCCAGGCCGCAGCCCCCCCAGCAGGCCCCCCGCAGCCCCGAGGAGACCCAGGCGCAGCCCCCCGAGGAGACCAGCAGGCCCCGAGGAGACCCAGCCCCGAGGAGGAAGCCGCAGCCCGAGGAGGAGCCGCAGCCCCGAGGAGGAAGCCGCAACCCCGAGGAGGAAGCGCAACCCCCGAGGAGGAAGGCCGCAGCCCGAGAGGAGGCCCGCAGCCCGAGGAGGAAGCCGCAGCCCCGAGGAGAAGCCGGAGCCCCCGAGGAGGCAAGCCCGCAGCCCCAGCCGAGGAGGAAGCCGCAGCUCCCCGAGGAGGAAGCCGAGCCGAACCGAGGAGGCCGCAACCCCCGAGGAGGAAGCGCAGCCCCCGAAGGAGGCAACCGAGCCCGAGAGGAAGAAGCCCGAGGAGGCCGCAGACCCCCGAGGAGGAAGCACCCCGAGGAGGAAGCCGCAGCACCCGAGGAGAGGCCGCAGCCCCGAGGAGGAAGCCGCCCCGAGGAGGAAGCCGCACCCCCCGAGGAGGAGAGCCGCAACCCCCGAGGAGGAAGCCCGCAAGCCCGAGGGGAAGCGCAAACACCCGAGGAGGAAGCGCAACCCGAGGAGGAAAACCCCGAGGAGGGAAGCAAGCCCCAGGCAGGAAGCCGCAACCCCCAGCCGCCCCCGAGGAGGAAGCCGCGAGAAUCCGAGGAGGAAGCGCACCCCGUCGAGGAGCCGCAACCCCGAGGAGGAAAGGCCCAAGCCCGAGGAGGAAGCCGCAACCCCCCGAGGAGGAGGAGCCCCCGGAACGCGCCCGAGGAGGAAGCCCGACCGCCCCGAGGAGGAAGCCGCACCCCGAGGAGGAGAGCCGCAGCCCCCGAGGAGAAGCGCGCCCGAAGGAGGAAGCGCAACCCCCGAGAGAAGCGCAACCCGCCGAGGAGGAAGCCGCAAGCCAGGAGCCCGAGGAGGGCCGGCAGCCCCCGAGGAGAGCCGGAGCCCCGAGGAGGAAGCCGCAGCCCGAGGAGAAGCCGCAACCCGGAGGCACCGCAACCCCCGAGGAGGGAAGCCGCAAGCCCCGAGGAGGAAGCCGCAAGCCCCGAGGGAGGAAGCCCGCAACCCCGAGGCAGGAGGAAGCCGCAGCCCGAGGAGGAGGCAACCCCCAGGAGAGCCGCAGCCCCGAGGAGGAAGCCGCAGCCGAGAGGAAGCCGAAGCCCCCGAGGAGGAAGCCCGCAAGCCGCAGCCCGAGGAGGAAGCCGCACCCCCGAGGAGGAGCAGCCCCCGCAGCCCCCGAGGAGGAAGCCGCCGCGAGGAGGAAGCCGCCCCGAGGAGGAAGCGCAACCCCCGAGGAGGAAGCCGCAGCCCCCGAGGAAGCCGCAACGGAAGCCCCGAAGGGAACCCCCGAAGCCCGAGCCCGAGAGGAGGCCGCGAGCCCCCGGGAGGAGCGCAAGCCCCCGAGGAGGAAGCGCAGCCCCGAGGAGGAAGCCCAGCCCCGAGGAGGAGCCGCAGCCCCCGAGAGGAAGAAGCCGCAACCCCGGAGGAGGAAGGCCGAGGCCGCAGCCCCCGAGGAGGAAGCCGCAAGCCCCCGAGGAGGAGCCGCAGCCCCGAGGAGAAGCCGCAGCCCCCGAGGAGGAAGCCGCAGCCCCCGAGGAGCCCCCCGAGAGAAGCCGCAGCCCCGAGGAGGAAGCCGCAGCCCCCGAGGAGGAAGCCGAGGCCACAGCCCCCGAGGAGGAGGCCCAGGCCGCAGCCCCCGAGGGUAAUACAGGGGCGGUAGCCUCCGAUGAGCGUGGUGAGGCAGCCCCCGAGGGACCCGGAGCCCCCGAGGCAGCCCCCCAGGCAAUUCACGUGGCAGCCCCCGAGGGAGGCGGGGCCGCAGCCCACUACGAGGAACAAGCCUCUGUCUCUCGAGGAAGACCCCGUGUUCUUCGGCUUUGGUUUUCCGCGCUGAAGUCUGCCUUAUCCGGAACUCCACUGCCCGAGGAACAGAGAAAAAUUUUGCAGGAGCUUUCGUCGGGAGGUAAACUCACGGCGGAAUCCCCUAAGAGGCGAGAAGGAGACCCCAGGAAGUCCCAAGAGGCGAGAAGGGAGACCCGGAAGUCCCCUAAGACGCGAGAAGGAGACCAGAAGGUCCCCUAA